AUGGAAGGUACUGAGAGAAAAAGCUCUGGAAAGCCGUUUGUUAGACGAGAAGAUGAAUGGAUUCCGAAGACGGCACUUGGAAAGCUAGUGAAGAUGCGCAAGGUUACUUCUUUGGACCAGAUAUUUAAAUUUUCUCACGUCAUCAGGGAAGCAGAGAUUGUUGAUUUUUUGUGUGGUAACUCUUUGAAGGAGGAGUUACUGUCUGUUAAGUCUGUUCAGAAACAAACUAGAGCAGGGCAAAAGACCAAAAUAAAGGUUGUAGUGGUUGUUGGAGACGAGAAGGGGCAUGUUGGAAUAGGAACAAAGUCGUCCAAGGAGGCUGCGUCAGCAAUCAGAGGCGCAAUAAUAAAAGCGAAAUGUGCAAUCAGGCCAGUAAGGCUUGGGCUGUGGGACGGGAUCAAAGGAGUACCACAUACUGUGUCAUGCAGAGCAUCAGGCAAAUGCGGUACAUCAAUUGUUAGGGUUAUUCCAGCACCCAGAGGAGCAGGGAUUAUUUCUUCAAGUGUUAAUAAGAAGAUAUUUGAACUGGCAGGCAUAAAGGAUGUGUACACAUCGUGUAGUGGAGCAACGCCAACAACAGAAAACUUUGCCAAAGCGUCGAUUGCAGCGCUUGAAGCCACUUCUUCGAUGCUACUUCCAAGCCAGUGGGCCGAAGAGCCGAAGACCUUGAAUCCUCUACUUGAGUUUGCAGACAUUCUGAACCAACUCGACAAGAAUCGUGUUUGA